AAUUGGUUAGUGACGGGUAGUUGACAGCCACCAUUCUCCCUUUGACCUUGAACUUUUUGUUGGUUGCCAACCCCCAAAUUUGUCAUAUUGUUAAAUUUAAACCCCAAUGGAAAUUUUUUUUUGUAUUUAAGUACCUAUGAACGUUUUUCAUUAUGCUCAAAAACACACAAGAAGAUGGUGGUGAAGGUAUAUGGUUCAAUUAGGGCAGCUUGCCCACAGAGAGUAUUGGCUUGCCUUUUGGAAUUUGGGGUUGACUUCGAGCUUAUAAAUGUUGACCUCGACUCCAACGAGCAUAAACAACCUGAAUUUCUACAAAAACAGCCUUUCGGACAAGUCCCAGUUAUUGAAGAUGGCGAUUUUCGGCUUUUUGAAUCUAGGGCAAUCAUGAGGUAUUAUGCAAGAAAAUACGCCGAUAGAAAUCCAAAACUCUAUGGAACGACUCUAGAUGAGAAAGCGUUGGUUGACCAAUGGCUAGAAGUCGAAGCACAUCACUUCAACGACAUGGUUUACACGAUCGUUCUUCAAAAACUCGUCAUCCCAAAGAUGGGAGGGAAACCCGACUUAGCCCUAGUACAGAAUUGCGAAAAAAAGCUUGAGAAAGUGUUUGAUAUAUACGAACAACAACUUUCAAAGAAUAGGUACCUAGCCGGAGAUUGUUUCACACUAGCCGAUCUGAGCCACCUUCCCGGGAUUCGGUAUCUGAUAAAUGAAGCUGAAUUAGGACACAUGGUGAAAGAGAAGAAGAACGUGAAUUCGUGGUGGUGCGACAUUUCGAACCGAGUUGCUUGGAAAAAAGUCAUGCAACUAAUGGAGUGAGUUAGUUGGAUUGAAUUCGGAGUUUCUGUAUUUGCAAACAAAAAAUAAAUCGAACAUUUCAAGUUUACAACUCAUUAGUGAAGUUAUGUUGGAUAUAUAUUCUAUAUUAUAAAACGUUCAGUAUAAACUCUUAAAAACAACUCAUUAAGCGUUAUGUUUUCGCUCAUUAAUUUAUAAUCUCCUAAAAUUGAUGUUUACAGCUUAUUAUUAAAUAUGUAUGUGCAUACAGCUUAUAAAAAAAACUUCAUGCUUGAACUCCAUAAACACAUUCAUAUAUAGGUGAGGCUCAAAACGAUAAGGCUCAAAAUAGAUGAGGCUUGCAA